AUAAUUAAAUUAAAUUAUUUCGUCUUCCUCGCGGUGAAGAUCGUCCUCCUCACAUGGAAGCACUGUAAGCCCCACAGGUUCAGUCUCAAAAUCUCUGUCACAAUCCAAUCGAUCCUUCUUUUAAGCUAAACCCACAGCUCUGUUCUUCAAACCCACUUCAUCUCUCUCGCUGCACCUCCUGAUUUUGCUCCCAUAGCCAUGUCCAGACCUCCUCUGUAUCUCAUCUUCCUCCUCAUUUUCUUCCUCUUCUGUGGUCAAUCCCACAGCAGUCGAUUUGCUUCCAUUUCUUCUUCCUCUGAUCUGGUCUCCGAUGGCGUCAAUGAAUUGCAGGAAACCCCUUAUUUGCGGCUUAAUUCGUUGGAAUCUGUCUCUGCGCCGGAGGAAUCUUGUGAGGAGUCUUAUGGGUUUCUUCCAUGUACCACCUCUGUUUUGGGGAAUCUGUUCUUGAUUAUCGUUUAUGGGUAUUUGAUGUUCUUGGCUGCUAAGUAUUUGUCCACUGGAAGCGAGCUCUUGUUGGAGAUCUUGGGACCUGGAAUUGUUGGGGGAUUGUUUCUUCCUGCGCUCGGUGCUCUUCCUGAUGCUAUGCUGAUUCUCGUUUCUGGUCUUGCAGGAAGUGCUGAAGUGGCACAAAGCCAGGUUUCCGUGGGAAUGGGCCUCUUAGCUGGUUCAACUGUCAUGCUUCUCACACUCAUCUGGGGCACAUGUGUGAUUGUCGGGAAGUGUGACCUUCAGGAUUCAGUUGCCAUAGAUUUACAGGAUACAAAAGGAUUUAGCUUGACUGAAUCUGGAGUGAGCACUGAUAUAUGGACCAGCUAUGCUGCCAGGAUUAUGGUUAUAUCUGUUGUUCCAUUUUUAGUAGUUCAACUCCCACAAUUGCUCAAUUCAACUUCAGGAAGGCACUUGGCUGUGUUGAUUGCUCUCAUUAUCUCUGUUUCAAUGUUCAUUAUAUAUUGCCUUUACCAGGUUUUCCAGCCAUGGAUUCAAAGAAGGAAACUUGCCUUUGUGAAGCACAAGCAUGUUAUAUUCGGGCUCUUAAGACAUUUAAAACAGCAAGCACUUGGAAGACUCCUGACAGAAAGUGGGGAACCAGAUAAAGAAAUAAUAGACAAGCUAUUUUCAAGAAUCGACGCGAAUAAGAAUGGACUUCUUUCAGCUUCUGAACUGAGAGCGUUAAUCGUUGGCAUUCAGUUCGAGGCGAUCGACUUAGAUCAUGAUGAUGCUGUUAACAAAAUACUGAGCGACUUCGAUACUUCUCGUGAUUCCCAUGUCGAUGCUACCGAGUUUGCCAAUGGGAUCAUUAGAUGGCUAGCUCAUGUACAAGGAGCAAGAACUGGCAGAGCUGAUGAUGGUCCUCACACAAUGAAAUACCUGCAUAACUUUCAUCAAGAAACAAAGAGGGAGCAUGAUUUGCUGGAUGUCGGGGAACAGAGCGACGAGGUUGUAGAGGGUGUCGAGGAGAGCAAGGGAGUGUUGAUCAGAGCCAUACUCUUCUUGUUGCUUGGAACAGCCAUUGCUGCUGCCUUUGCCGAUCCUUUGGUCGACGUUGUACAUAACUUCUCCAAUGCAACGAGUAUCCCUGCGUUCUUCAUUUCGUUUAUCGCUUUGCCUUUAGCAACCAACUCCAGUGAAGCAGUCUCUGCCAUAAUCUUCGCAAGCCGUGACAAGCGAAAAACCGCCUCCUUAACAUUUUCUGAGUUAUAUGGAGCAGUGACAAUGAACAAUGUGCUUUGUCUAUCUGUGUUCUUGGCUCUUGUUUAUCUGAGAGGAUUGGUUUGGAACUUUUCUUCUGAAGUAUUGGUUAUUCUGGUCGUUACGAUGAUCAUGGGACUGCUCGGGAGCUUCCGAACCGCGUUCCCGCUGUGGACAGCCCUGGUGGCUCUCCUUCUCUACCCCCUGUCUCUUGUGCUGGUCUAUGUCCUUGAUUAUGUGUUUGGUUGGUCAUAGAUGAGUUGGUGUGUUUGAGUUAUAUAUGUUCACAGGAGGUUUGUUGAUCUAAAUUUCCGGAUGUUUUAGACACACUCUGCUGAGGCUGUGUUAGAGAAACUCCACUGUUCUGCUCUCUUUUAUUGUUCCUACUUUUGUCAAUAUAUUUUGUUUUGGUACGA